AUGCAUUGGGUAUGGGGGCAAAUAGUCAAAGUAGGCUGGUUGACCUUUAAUGCUAACAAGAAUAAGUAUGCUUGCCCCUAUCACCGUUGCGAGGAUCAUGCCAUUCAAAACUGUGACGAGUUCAAGGCCUUGGUUCAAAGGUUGAUGGAUAAUAAAGACAUGGAAUUUUACCAUGAGGCUACGAAAGAGAAAGAGAUUGAGAUUUGCACUUCUGAAGACACAUCCAAAGGAGUUUACAAUACUAACUACCCUUUAGUCAUCACACCAAAAGCUCGGACUAUAGAAAGGUUAAUCCCAAAAGUGAUGAUCACGCCUCCAUCGUCAUUUCUUUAUAAAGACAACAAACAGGUCCCUUGGAGGUAUGGAUGCCAAAUAGAGAAUGUUGAGAGUUCAGAAGAUGCUAAGAAAGAGGUGGAUGAGGUAGGCCACUUCACCAGAAGUGGGAGAUGUUAUUCUCCUAACCAAAUCAGUGAACCUGAGAAAAGAGCGGCCCCUGAUAAAGGAAAAAGGGUCGAGAUAAUGAUGAAAGAUAAUGAGUCAACAAUCAAUGAGCCGGUAACAGAGAACGAGGCUGUAGAGUUUUUAAAAUUUUUGAAGCAUAGUGAGUACAGCAUCGUCGAGCAAUUACACAAGUUGCCAGCUCGUAUCUCGAUCCUGUCUCUACUAUUAAGCUCUGAGGCACAUCGAAAUGCAUUACUGAAAGUUUUGAAUCAGACUUUCGUACCGAAAGAUGUGCCAGUGGAAAAGAUAGAUCGGCUGGUUUCAAAUAUUCAGGCGGAUAAUUUCAUCUUUUUCUCUGAUGACGAGAUCCCAUCCGGAAUGAUGGGCAAUCCUAAAGCCCUGCAUAUUACCAUCAGGUGCAAGGGACAUGUGUUAUCACGAGUACUAAUCGACAAUGGCUCUUCCCUGAAUGUGAUGCCAUUAGUGACAUUGAAAAAACUGCCGGUUGAUAGAAGGCCUUGGAUCCAUCAAGCAGGAGUUGUGCCAUCCACUUUGCAUCAGAAACUCAAAUUCGUAAUUGAGGGGAGACUGGUAUGCCUUAAUGCUGAGGAAGAUAUCAUUGCUUCCAUAUCUACUACCGCUCCAUAUGUCGAAAUAGAUGAAGAUGCGGUCGAGUGCUCUUUCAGAGCCUUGGAAUUCAUUAAUGCCACCUUUGUUGCCGAAAGAAAGAAAAUUCUGAAGCCUAGGCUAUCCAAUUGUACCAAAAUGGAACUGAAAAUGACUAUGGGAAGAGGAGCCAAGGUUGGAAGUGGGUUGGGAAGCCGCCUACAGGGAAAUAUUAGUCCAGUUUUUCCUGGUAUUAAGCGAGAUCGUUUUGGUUUGGGAUAUCGCCCGACCUUAAAGGAAAAGUUGAAAAAUGUUCAAAAGAGCCAGGAAAGGAGGAAAGCCAGGUUAGUCGGGGAAGAUAUUAAGUGGGAACCCAUGAAUUUCCCAUUGUUGCGUGACACCUUCAUAUCUGGGGGCCAUAUGUUUCAGGGGAGUCGAUCAUCAAAAGAGUCUGUUAUUAAAAAUAACCUGAAGGAUUUGGGCGUAAAUGUGAUAUCAGAGGAAGGAAUUGAAGACGGAAGGGCUAUGGGCAUCUACCCCGCACCACCAGGCUUUAUAGAUUUCGAGUUGUCCAUAUGUCAAGGGGAAAUUGAAGGUUAUGAUAGUGAUGAGGGAAGCCACUUAUCUUCUGAACUACUAAAAAUGGUAGAAAUAGAAGAUAAACAAAUUCUGCCUCAUGAAGAGCCCAUUGAGAUCUUGAAUCUAGGAUCAGAGGAGGAUAAAAAAGAGAUAAAGAUUGGCACCAUCAUAUCUGCUGAGGGACGACAAAGUCUGAUUCAGCUGCUUCGAGAGUACAGAGAUGUGUUCGCUUGGUCGUAUGAGGACAUGCCAGGGUUAGAUACUGAAUUAGUGGUACAUAAAUUGCCAAUAAAGCCUGAAUGUAAACCGGUACAACAAAAGUUCAGAAGGAUGCGACCUGAAAUGAUACUUAAAAUUAAAGAAGAAGUAAAGAAACAAUUUGAUGCGGGGUUCCUGAAAGUAGCCAAGUAUCCGGAAUGGGUAGCAAAUGUCGUUCCAGUACCAAAGAAAGAUGGGAAAGUUCGCAUGUGCGUCGACUACAGAGAUCUUAAUCGGGCCAGUCCGAAAGAUAAUUUCCCUCUGCCACACAUAGACACCCUGGUGGACAAUACAGCUGGAAACUUUCUAUUUUCAUUUAUGGAUGGGUUUUCAGGUUACAAUCAAAUAAAGAUGCAUCCAGAUGAUAUGGAAAAAACUACGUUUGUCACCAUGUGGGGUACGUUCUGUUACAAGGUGAUGCCGUUCGGACUAAAGAAUGCAGGGGCAACCUAUCAAAGGGCCAUGGUAACACUAUUCCAUGACAUGAUGCACAAGGAAAUCGAGGUAUAUGUCGAUGAUAUGAUUGUUAAAGCUAAAACGGAGGAAGAACACAUCGAGAAUCUGAGGAAACUCUUCCAAAGAUUAAGGAGCUGCCAGUUAAAACUCAAUCCAAGCAAGUGUACCUUCGGGGUAACAUCGGGAAAACUCUUGGGGUUUGUAGUAAGCAAAAAAGGGAUUGAAGUAGAUCCUGACAAGGUCAAAGCUAUUCAGAAUUUACCACCCCCAAAAACACAAAAAGAAGUUCGAGGAUUUCUGGGAAGAUUAAACUACAUCGCCCGAUUUAUUUCGCAAUUAACUGAGAAGUGCGAUCCCAUUUUUCGCCUUCUCCGUAAAAAUAACCCAGGGGUAUGGAAUGAUGAUUGCCAGGGAGCUUUUGAAGCAAUAAAAGGAUAUUUGUCGAAUGCUCCAGUAUUAAUGCCACCAAUAUCCGGCAAACCAUUAAUCCUCUACUUAUCAAUCUUUGAGAAUUCAAUGGGGUGCGUAUUAGGGCAGCAUGAUCAAACUGAGAAAAGAGAAAGAGCAAUUUACUACCUCAGCAAAAAGUUUACUGAUUGCGAGACAAGGUACUCACCAAUAGAAAAGUUGUGUUGUGCUUUAGUUUGGACUACCCGAAGGCUCAGACAAUAUAUGUUGUAUCACUCUACUUGGCUCAUAUCUAAACUUGAUCCUCUAAAAUAUCUAAUGGAUGUACCUGCUUUAUCUGGAAGAUUGGCUCGUUGGCAAAUCUUAUUGUCAGAAUUUGAUAUCCAAUAUGUAAGCCAAAAAGCAGUUAAAGGAAGUGUUGUGGCCGAUUUCAUUGCAAGUAGGGUUUUUGAAGAGUAUGAACCACUGAACUUCGAUUUUCCAGACGAAGAUUUAAUGGUUAUUUCAACAGAGAAUGCAGUUUCCUUUAUUAAUGAACAGUGGAAGAUGAAUUUCGAUGGUGCCUCUAAUGCUUUAGGGCACGGGAUUGGGGCAAUUCUCGUCUCACCUUGUGGAAAACACUAUCCUUUCACCAGCCGAUUGAAUUUUGAUUGCACAAAUAAUAUGGCCGAAUAUGAAGCAUGUAUUCUGGGUCUGAAAGCUGCCAUUGAGCGUAAAGUGAAAAUACUCGAAGUAUAUGGAGAUUCAGCCCUGGUAAUUUAUCAACUCAGAGGUGAAUGGGAAACAAAAGAUACGAAGUUGGUAGAAUACCGAAAGUUGGUCUUAGAGCUCAUUAAAGAAUUCGAGAGGGUGACAUUUCAUUAUCUCCCCAGAGAAGAGAAUCAAAUGGCGGAUGCUCUGGCCACUUUGGCAGCAGCUUUCAAAGUCAAUGAAUAUUCAAGCAUGAUGCCUAUUACGAUAGAAGCUUACGGGUAUCCAGCCCAUUGCUAUAGCAUAGAAGAGGAAGAGGAUGGAAAUCCCUGGUAUUACGAUAUCCUGCAAUAUAUUAAAAAUCAAAGCUACCCUAAGCAUGCCAUUGAGAAUGACAAAAGAACUAUUCGAAGAAUGGCAGCAGGAUAUGUGCUUGAUGGUGAGGUCUUGUACAAGAAAAGUCAUGAUCAAGUCUUGUUACGGUGUGUAGAUGCCAAAGAAGCCAGAACAAUCAUUGAAGAUGUGCAUGAAUGAGUAUGUGGUACACAUGCUAAUGGACAUGUAAUGGCUAAACAAAUAAUGAGAUUUGGAUAUUAUUGGUCAACUCUGGAAACUGAUUGUAUCAAUUUCUCCAGAAAAUGUCACAAAUGCCAGAUUUAUGGAGAUAAGCUCCACACCCCUCCUCAUCCAUUACAUGUAAUGACUGCUCCGUGGCCAUUCUCUAUGUGGGGCAUGGAUGUCAUUGGGCAAAUUUCACCCAAAGCUUCUAAUGGCCAUCGUUUCAUAUUUGUGGCAAUAGACUAUUUCACUAAGUGGGUAGAAGCGACAUCCUAUGCAAAUGUCACUCAGUCAACAGUUUGCAAGUUCUUGAAGAGAGAAAUUAUUUGUCGGUAUGGGCUACCAGAAAGGAUUGUCACUGACAAUGCCUUGAAUUUAAAUAAUAAGAUGAUGGAGUCAGUAUGUAAACAAUUCCAAAUUAAACAUCAUAAUUCCACCACUUAUCGCCCAAAGAUGAAUGGAGCGGUAGAGGCAGCCAAUAAGAACAUCAAGAGGCUCAUACAGAAAAUGACUGAGACUUAUAGAGAUUGGCAUGAGAAGUUACCAUUCGCUCUGUUUGCCUAUCGAACUUCAGUGAGGACGUCUACUGGGGCAACUCCAUUUUCUUUAGUUUAUGGUAUGGAGGCUGUGUUACCCAUCGAGGUUGAGAUUCCGUCACUACGAGUGCUGUCAGAGGUUAAGUUAGAUGAAGCAGAAUGGGUGCAAGCUAGGUAUGAUCAAUUGAACCUGAUUGAGGAAAAAAGAUUAAAAGCUAUCUGUCAUGGGCAAAUGUACCAGAAACGUAUGAUAAGGGCACAUAAUAAAAAGGUUUAUCCACGAGAGUUUCAAGAAGGAUACUUGGUGCUAAGAAAGAUCUUGUCAAUUCAGAAAGACUUUCGAGGAAAAUGGAUGCCAAAUUGGGAAGGACCUUAUGUGGUAAAGAAGGCCUUUUCUGGAGGAGCUUUGAUCCUCACCGAGAUGGAUGGACCAGAGUUAUCUAACCCUGUGAAUGCUGAUGCAGUCAAGAAGUAUUUUGCCUGA